CAAAUUUACUUGUCUGUGUCUUUCAAGAGCUUCAGUAGGUACAUUCCAAGUGAUCUGAAUCUGAAUGCCCCUGUUUUAGUUUCAGGUCACGUUAACAGAGUGCCACUUGCAUGACAGGCGUGUUUCCUUGCGUGAGAAUUUAUGUGGAUUGGAACAGAGUUGACAGUGGCUUUUUUUUAAGCAGAAAAGGAAGCUUUCCGUAAAGUCAGAGUGAAAGAAAAGAGCAGACAGGCUGUACUUUGUGCUACUGCGACGGUUUCCUGGGUAGACACAGACACAGUUUUUCUCUAUCCAACGCAUUAAGGGAAAUGAGCGAGCGAUGUAAACAACUUUAAAGCCUGUGGAAUUAACCAGAACUAAUUCUUCAGAAUAUUCUAGAGACAACUCAAAGCUGAACCUACAGAUCAUCCAAAAAGGGAAACCAUGCAGAACCCUGUGGCCGACGCUGACAGCAGAGCUAAAUUCUGUUACAACAUUACAAAAGAACAUAAAGAUAUCAUUUUUGUCGCGGUGUACUCUCUUGUUUUCAUUGCUGGGCUCAUCCUCAACCUUAUGGCGAUUGUAGUGUUCUUCUGCCAAACCAAGUCACGCUCACACACCACUGUGUACAUGACCAACCUUGCUGUAGCGGACCUUUUCCUGGUUUGCACUCUGCCGUUCAGGAUCUACUAUCACAGUUUCAAAAGUCCAGCACAGAGGAUCUGUGACAUUGCUGGGCUUAUAUUGUUGGCCAACAUGUAUGGAAGCAUCUUCCUGCUCACCUGUGUUUGCCUUGACCGCUGUUUAGCCGUGUGCUUCCCCAUGUCAUCCCGAAUUCAAGAAGCUCGUAAAAAGGCACCCCUGGUGUGUGUAGGAAUUUGGAUUUUAAGCUUAGGAGCCAGCCUGCCUGUUUACCUGGGUGGAGGACAUUUAAGAAAUGAAACAGGGCAAUGUUUUAGAAGUUUUCCACUCUAUGCCACACAGACAGCUGCCCUCAUCUCCUCUUUAGUCAUAGGGUAUGGGAUCCCGCUGGUCAUCAUGAUCGUCUGCUCCUGGGGGCUCGUUCGGGCCAUCAACAAAAGCACCGCAGCCCAGACAGACAGCUUGGUUAACAGCAGCAAGAUCCAGAAGAUGGUCAGCACUAACCUGGUCAUCUUCCUAGUCUGUUUUCUGCCGUAUCAUGUCAUACUGGGGAUGAUUCACUCCUACAAAAACCGUGUAAAAGAAAUUCCUUGCCCUGUGAUCUCAGCCUACCAAUACAGUCUGAUGAUCGCUUGCCUGAAUGCCUCUCUGGACCCAUUGACUUACUACUUCACCACAGAGACGUUCCGCAAAAAAGUCGACAUGGAUGUGGUUUGGAGGUUGUGGCCCUUGAACAGUCAUAGCUCUGAUGGCAACAACCGUUCCAGAGCUCCUCUCAACACCUAAGAGAAUACUAUUAAACCAUUCCAGUAACUCUCA